UAAACACAAGAGCAGAAGUCGAGUUAUAUCGUGCUCGCUUGAGGACAGUCUACCAGUUUGUUCAUCUAGUCACAGCAAGAAGCUUUCAUAACAAUGGCUCUCCGUGUUACAAGGACCACCCGUCUGGCCAGCAGCGAAAAUCAGACCGCUCUGCCCGGGAAGGCAGUUGUAGCGAACAAAAUGCCCGCACUGAGGCCGCGGGCCGCUCUGGGGGAGAUCGGCAACAAUCCACAGACGCGACAGGCUUUGAGGAAGAAGGAUGUGAAGGCUGCGCCUACCGUCGUGGCUGAGAAGGCAUCUGUAGUCGAGCAGCCCAAAAAGGAGUCAACUAAAAUUCAGAAUGAAGUUCAGAUCUUAUCGGAACCUUCCUCUCCUGUUCCCAUGGAGACCUCAGGCUGUGCUUCAGAUGAUCUGUGUCAGGCUUUCUCUGACGUUCUGCUUAAUAUCAAGGAUGUGGAUGCUGAUGACUAUGAUAAUCCCAUGCUUUGCAGUGAAUACGUGAAGGACAUAUAUCUGUAUCUUCGUCAGCUUGAGGCUGACCAAGCUGUUAGGCCAAGAUACCUCGAUGGAAGAGAGGUCACGGGAAAUAUGCGUGCUAUUCUUAUUGACUGGCUCAUCCAGGUCCAAAUUAAGUUUAGGUUGCUGCAGGAGACCAUGUACAUGACCGUUGCAAUCAUUGAUCGCUUCCUUCAGGAUCAUCCAGUUCCCAAGAAGCAGCUCCAGCUGAUUGGUGUAACAGCCAUGUUCAUCGCCUCAAAGUAUGAAGAGAUGUACCCACCUGAGAUUGCAGACUUUGCAUUUGUAACAGACCGUGCCUACACCACCGCUCAGAUCCGUGAGAUGGAAAUGAAGGUCUUGAGGGUUCUCGACUUCAAUGUUGGAAGACCUAUGCCCCUACAGUUCCUCAGGAGGGCUUCAAAGAUUGGAGAUGUGACUGCUGAGUAUCACACUUUGGCCAAAUACUUCCUGGAGCUAACCAUGGUUGACUAUGACAUGGUCCACUUUCCUCCAUCCCAAAUGGCUAGUGCAGCUUAUGCACUUACUCUAAAGGUCUUCAACUGUGGAGAAUGGACCCCUACACUCCAGCAUUAUAUGGGCUACACCGAAGAUGAGCUGGUUCCUGUGGUGCGGCAUAUUGCCAAGAAUGUUGUGAGGGUCAAUGAGGGACUUUCAAAGCACCUGGCUGUGAAGAACAAAUACUCCAGUCAGAAGCAGAUGAAGAUUGCCACCAUUUCUCAGUUGAAGUCAUCCUUGAUCAAGGACCUGGCCAAGCAAAUCUCAUAGUGUGGUUAUUUUUGAAGAGACUUGAGCACUGUGUGCUGCUUUGUAAAAAUUGUAACUUAUGCAUGCUUUUACUGUUCAAAUUUUAAUUUCUUCUGAGGAAUGAUUUUACAGGUUUUUCUCCUGCACUGCCAUGUUCCAAGAGUUUAUGUAACCUUGUACAUUUUUGAAUUCAAAUAAACAUUUU